UCAAUUCGUCUGCAAGACGUCAAACAAUCGAAUCAUAAUGGCACAAAAACGCCGCGAUUUGCAUUAAGUGCGCGCAAAGUAUGCAGUGAACUACAGAGCGCAAUUUGAAAUCUCCACGCAUAAAUCACGCAACGCGAUUAAUUUUACGUAGGCAUAAGCUGGAUACUUGGAAGCAGACAGGUGCUUAUAGUUGACGCACGGAACAAAUGCCAGGUUUUCUGAAUUGGAAAUAAAUAGCGACUUGACCAAAAACACGAUCAGCACAGUGCGCGUAACACGAGUCGUGACUGAGAUGGCCAUCAAACAGGAUCAAGUAAAUGUAUGCAGAAAUUGAACACUUUAUUGGACCAAAAAUCUCAUAGUACCUGGAGACUAUUCAGUUCUGGAUCAGUUCGCUCUCGAUCAACAGUACGGGAAACUGAAGGAAACGCUUUGAUCGACAUGGAUUCAAAACUAGGGAUCCGUUCAAACGCGCACGCCAGUUGUGGAGUUAAAGAAAAACAAGCGAAACCACUUUGCGCUGGUUGUAACAAAGUUAUCGAUGACCGUUACCUUCUGAAGGCCAUAGACAGGGUUUGGCAUGAAGACUGCUUGAAAUGCGCGUGCUGUGACUGUCGCUUAGGAGAAAUCGGUGCUACUUUGUACACAAGGGCCAACCUCAUCCUUUGCAAGCGCGAUUAUCUCAGGUUGUUUGGACGUACGGGGUUUUGUCCGGCAUGCGAGAAGACGAUCCCGGCAUUCGAGAUGGUGAUGCGCGCGCAGGAUUUGGUCUAUCAUCUCGAGUGCUUUGCGUGCUUUCGAUGUCAUCACAGAUUUUGUGUUGGGGACAAAUACUUUAUCAAGAAUAAGAAAAUAUACUGUGUCUUGCAUAGGCCGACUCCAUGAUAUAAUGAAAAAAAAGCGUUCUGUAUAGUACAUUUUUUGGGACUGAUAUUUUUGUAUGUUUUGAAGUUAUUCGAUGCGAAAACAUCGCCGUAGAUUUUCAUUUAAAAACGAUCAAGAGCUAAGCGGAUAGACGAUUAACAAUUAUCGGAUAUGGAGAUGAUCUUGUGAACUAAACUUAUUGAACAUAGCAUGCUACGUACAGCAGACAUAUUCAUUGCAUGGAUGCAAGAAAAUAAGAUAAACAUAAGUAGAGGUUUUGUAUGUAAUACGUAGUAGAAAAUUUAAUUGGAUUCACAGAGAUGUGGAGUUGAAAGAUGACAUUAUAGUUUGAGUUUCGUAA